AGAACCGAGUUUUCCCAGACGUUACCUCUGCGUUUUAUACUUCAAAGUAUCGCGGGAGCUCCAGUAGUGGCUUGAUGAUGAGAAAUUACUUGGGACUAGUUGUGAUAUGGUCAGCGAUAGUAGUUGCAGUUAAGACUGAUUGUUUGUCGGAGUGUAUUCCAGUUACUGAAUGUGCACAUUUGUUUGAUUUACUCCGUAAGGAUAACCGAUCAGAGCGAGAUGUCCAAGUCUUGAAAGAAGCUCACUGUGGUUAUAAAUUAAAAACACCGACCGUUUGUUGUGAAAGAAAACGAGAAGAAACACAUACAGAUAAUGGUCUUUUACCAGGACCUGAUGUAUGCGGGCUGCAACCAUCCGAAAGACUCCUGGGAGGAUACGUAACGUCCAUUGGUCAAUUUCCAUGGUUAGCACUUUUGACGGUCGCUAAACCCGUUAUACGUGGAUUCCACUGUGGAGGAUCUCUAAUAAAUAAAAACUAUGUCCUCACUGCGGCGCAUUGUAUUGUCAAUAUUCCUAAAUCUUGGCAGCUGGUAAGUGUGCGCCUUGGGGAACACCAAUUGGAUGCUGAUCCAGAUUGUGAAGAAGAGGAGUAUUGCGCAGAUUCGCCCAUCGAUGUACCCGUCAGUGAGGUAAUAGUUCACGCAGAAUAUGCAGAAAAUGAAAUAGGAAAACCCAAUGACAUAGCACUGGUUAGGCUAGGUUAUCCAGUGACAUACACAAGAUAUAUUUCUCCAAUUUGUCUUCCAACGAAACAAGAAAUUAUGAAUAUUGGUUUCAAUGGGACAUACAUGAAAGUUGCUGGUUGGGGCAGAAGCGAAAACGACUCACAAAGUAACAUAAAACGACAGCAAAAGAUACCAAUUACUCCAGCGGAUGCAUGCAAGAAAAUUUACAAGAAAGCCGGCGCUACCCUAACUGACAAGCAAAUUUGUGCCGGUGCCGGCCAAAGACCAAACCUUUGUUUGGGAGAUAGUGGUGGGCCUCUUAUGUACAGCGAUGAACGACUCGUUUGGUAUAUAUUUGGAAUCAUGUCUUUUGGGCCAGCUGCCAGAUGCAGAAUGCGGGAAAUACCGGAAGUCUACACAAAUGUGCCAAAAUACCUAUUGUGGAUUGAACAAAAUAUAAAACCUUAGCGAUUAGUAAUUAUAAUUAUAAGUAUCUACAGAAACAAUAUUUAAGAUAAUGAGGUCCUUUUGUCGUACAACCCGCCCGCUCUUGCUCCACCUGCACAUAACUUAAACUGUCCCUAGUUCAAACUUGACACUAUAGGUACUGGCCUACAUAUCAUGGUAGGUCAAUAUUGACAAUAAAUCCACAUGAAUAGUACACAGAAUGACAAAAACUCACUUCGUCUCAAUAAGAGGCCGAAGAACCCCUUUUUUUAAGGAGCCUACUCUUAGGUGAUAUCCCCCCACCACAAAUCCCGGUCCAUUUCGUCUCUCUUUUUAGCGCAUUUCCACAAAAAUAAAAAAAAUGCGCUAUUGUGGCCACUUUGUCCGU